AGCAGCGGCGCUUGUGUUGUUAUUUUUUCUGCGGCUGAAAAUUUGAAGUCUCCACAUUAUUUCUGUUUUAUUCUGCUCAGCUCGGUACCGAUUUCGUGUUUGAACCCUUUCUUAACACAAUCCGUAACUGACCCAGUAAUGGACUCGGACGAGGGUUAUAAUUAUGAAUUCGACGACGAGGAAGAGGAAUGCAGCGAAGACAGCGCUGAAGGGGAACCCGAAGACGACACCCUGGAGCUCGGGGAGGUGGAGCUGGUUGAUCCUGUAGUGGCCGGUGGUGAGCGGGACGAGUGCGGGGAGACCGGAGGAAGUGGCCUAGGGCCGGGUCAGGAUGAAGAGGACUAUCGCUUCGAAGUGCUCACUGCCGAACAGAUCCUCCAGCAUAUGGUGGAGUGUAUCAGGGAGGUCAACGAGGUCAUCCAGAAUCCUGCAACUAUAACAAGAAUACUUCUUAGCCACUUCAAUUGGGACAAAGAGAAGCUGAUGGAAAGGUACUUUGAUGGGAACCUGGACAAGCUGUUCUCUGAGUGUCACGUCAUAAACCCCAGUAAGAAAUCUCGGACGCGCAUGAUGACCACGAGGUCCUCGGCGCAGGACCUGCCCUGUCAGAUCUGCUACCUGAACUACCCCAACUCGUACUUCACAGGUCUGGAGUGUGGUCACAAAUUCUGCAUGCAGUGCUGGGGUGAUUACUUAACAACCAAAAUCAUCGAGGAAGGAAUGGGACAGACCAUUUCCUGUCCUGCUCACAGCUGUGAUAUUUUGGUGGAUGACAACACCGUCAUGAGACUUAUAACAGAUUCAAAAGUGAAGUUGAAGUACCAACAUUUAAUUACCAAUAGUUUUGUAGAGUGCAAUCGACUGUUAAAAUGGUGCCCCGCGCCGGACUGCCACCACGUUGUCAAAGUCCAGUACCCUGAUGCCAAGCCUGUCAGGUGCAAAUGCGGCCGCCAGUUCUGUUUCAACUGUGGAGAGAACUGGCACGAUCCUGUCAAGUGCAAGUGGUUGAGGAAGUGGAUUAAAAAGUGCGACGAUGACAGCGAGACGUCAAACUGGAUUGCAGCGAACACAAAGGAGUGUCCCAAAUGUCACGUGACCAUUGAGAAGGACGGGGGCUGCAAUCACAUGGUGUGCCGGAACCAGAACUGCAAAGCAGAGUUCUGCUGGGUUUGCCUGGGUCCCUGGGAGCCGCAUGGCUCUGCCUGGUACAACUGCAAUCGCUACAAUGAAGAUGACGCAAAAGCAGCAAGAGAUGCACAAGAGAUGUGUGCCUCGCAGCGCUCCCGUGCGGCCCUGCAGAGGUACCUGUUCUACUGCAACCGCUACAUGAACCACAUGCAGAGCCUGCGCUUCGAGCACAAGCUCUACGCCCAGGUCAAGCAGAAGAUGGAGGAGAUGCAGCAGCACAACAUGUCCUGGAUCGAGGUGCAGUUCCUGAAGAAGGCGGUGGACGUGCUCUGCCAGUGCCGCUCCACCCUCAUGUUCACCUACGUCUUCGCGUUCUACCUCAAGAAGAAUAAUCAGUCCAUUAUCUUUGAGAACAAUCAGGCUGACCUGGAAAAUGCCACAGAGGUGUUGUCUGGAUACCUGGAGCGGGAUAUUUCCCAGGAUUCCUUGCAGGACAUCAAACAGAAAGUACAGGAUAAGUACAGAUACUGUGAGAGCCGACGGAGAGUGCUUCUGCAGCACGUGCACGAAGGCUACGAGAAGGACCUGUGGGAGUACAUCGAGGACUAAGGACUCAGCCCGCUCACCGUGAACUCUUGACUAUAACUCUGCCUGACGAGAGUGCUGAUGCAAUUACCCUGGACAGCACUGAACUCUGCUGUCACUGCUGGUCACCACCCAAAAAAAUUGCAUCUUUUUUCCCCCCUAUUUUCUUUAAUGGAAACUUUUAAAGUAAAUUAUAUUGAAAUAAGAGGUAGAAUAUUGAAUAAUUAAUUGUACAACAGUAUUGUUAGCAGCAGAGUGGAGUGUGAACGACACUGAAAAAAAAUACUACAAAAACAUACCCCUCCAGGCUUGUAUUGUAACAUCUUUUUUCAAAUCUUUUUUCUGUUUUCUGUGGAUGUUUUUUUUCCUGUUUCCAUUUUGACUUUUUGUGUGGGGAAAUGGGCUUUGUUUUUAACACAGCUUUAAAUGUCCCUGCCUAUGUCUGCUGUAUGUGGUGAGAUCCCUGUUUGGGUUGCUGAAUGUUGAUUGGCUGAUUGUAAGGGGCAAAACCUUUUUGGUAUAAAAAAUUGAGCAAAAAAAAACCUACAAAAAUGAAAGGAAAUCCGUAUUUUUCAAUUUGUAAAUAAUGCAUAUGCAUGGAAAUUCAAGAGCAAGCGUGGCACGUGUUUGCAUAAUUUUUAAAUUUAAAAAAAAUAUUUAUUCUUUACAAAUAUUCAAAAAGAUGUAUAUUUGCUGUGUAGUUUCGAGUAUUUCUCCCAGCUUUUUUGUGUGGAGGGUGUGAGGCUGAAUGUUUGGCGCAGGACAAGACAAGCCCCCCCUUCUCCUCCACUGUCCUCACAGCAGUUGGUUCAGAUGCUUAGAGAACUGAAUCUGCCAAAACCAAACCUGCCAAGUGGUGGCAUUUCUUGCAUUGCUGAUAGAAACCGUCAUUUUAGAGCAGGUCUAGGGUAGACAGUGGUUCAGUGACAUUGUCAUAGGGCUUGUUUGUGAAGCUGAAGUUGCUUAGAAAUGUCCUGCAACCUUGGAUACGAUCAGCCAAUGACACGUGGCGUCGUAGACAGUGGCGAGUGAGUCGGCAUAAAAAGACUGAAUAGUUUUAAUGAAAUCACCUCCUCGACACCUCCCCCUUUCAUUUAACCCCUUUUAGUUCUUUUGAAAAUGUAAUAUGAUUUCAAAAUGACACGUAUCAGUUGUUUCAUUAGAGCCAAACUGAGUGACAUUCACUCAUUCACACCCCCC